AUGCGUGCGGCCGCGGAAAGUGCCUCUCACACCUCAGCAGCAGGCGAUCUGUCGCCUGUUGUUGUGAAUCGUCCACGUGGUGAGUCACCACGUGCGACAGGUACAUCCGUUGCGCCUGCAGCGGGUACCUCAAAUCGUAAUCCAGACGAGUCUGAGAUAGAUCUCAUCUAUUUUGGCGAGUUGGCUGAUGUAUCCGACUCGAAGGCGACUCCUUACGCCUCGGGAUCACCCGGGGAUGACGCUGCAAAAGCCAGGCUGACUGGCUCUGGUCAGCGCGGCAGCAUCACUACCGAGAUCUUUGGAUCGAGUGAUUACUCCGAUGAGUCUCCGCCUCACGCAAGUCCAUACAACGAUAGUACGCGUGAAGAUGGUGGCGAUGCACCUAUGCAUCACCACGAGCGAAGCAACUCGAGGGAUCGAGGUGUCACUGGUGUCAGUGCUCAUGCUGGUACCAAUCAAGAGGCCAGGGACCGAAACGUCCUGCUCUACGCUCCUCAAGUGAAGUCUCCUUACAUUCCAUCAUCCAAGGAGUCUGACCGGUUGGCCGGCAUGACUUCCGAUCGGGACCGAAUGCCGUUGUUCGAUUGCAGGAAGAUUUGCACUUCUGAUUCCAGCACGGAAACUAUCCGUGCUGAGGAAGAGUUCUUCACCGAUGUGUUCUUUAAACAUCUGUGGUACAAUGGUAGCCGUGUACGAGACGGCAAAGCCUUGGUGCAGGGCUGGAAUAACCUAAUCCACAACAUUGAGUAUAUUUGCCGUGAGGCUUGGCUCGCCAAACUUGAUACGGCUCGCAUCCGGUUUGAGAAACGAAAUCCCGUCGGGGCGCGAUACAAGUUGCACCGGCUGUCAAAAGAGCCAAAAUUUAUCUGUCUCUUGUGGGAUAAUUCGUGUCCAGGCUGCCUGGACAAUUCGAACCGUGCCCCUAGGGAGGCCUACCUCACUAUUGAUCCCUACAGGAGGGCGCGCAUCUCUUCCGACAUGGCCGAAGGGAUCGACACUUUGCAAUCCCUGUACUCGCGUUCGGGGAGGUCGUUUUCCGAUGGCGCUUCUUAG